GAACUGAACAAAUAUCCAACAGAUUAAUCAAUUUGGCUUGAUCUUUCCAAAUAUCUCAUUAAAACACAGCUUUAUUCUCCAUUACACCUGCUUUUAUCUCUCUGAGGAGUGUUAGUUUUUGUUUGUUCUGAAAGACCUUGAUGAUCCACCAGCAGGUGGUGCUGUGACUGACCCACCAAAGGCCACCCUUAAUAUCCCACUUCCUCUGUCCUUGCCUAGCUGUCAUCUGUUGUUAUUUAUGCAUCUAUUAAAGCUGCACUGCUGGAAAAAAGAGAGAUAGAUAGAGCAGAGGCAUCUGUAUCUGCAGUUGCUACAGAACAGCUGUGGCAAUAAUGUCCUCAGUCACCAGCUCUGCAUAUUCCAGAGGCAAUCCAUCACCAAAACACAAUGCUACAAGCUAUAACUGUGGUCUAAAAGUGAAGAAAGCCCAUUCGCCAAUAUAAAAAUGGUGCUGUUUCCUCAUACACCCAUUUACAGGUGUUAAUGCAGAAAAUAUUUUGUAUAAAACACUAUCAAACACUUGGAUACACACUUAAAACAACCUAACCUACGUCUUUGUAAUUUGUGUUCCGAAGAUGAACGGUCUUAUGGGUUUGGAACAACAUGAGGGUGAGUAAUUAAUGGCAGGAUUUUCAUUUUUGGGUGAACUAUCCCUUUAAUGUGUUGUGACAGAUCGCUGUAGUUCAAGCUGCACGUGAACCAAUCAUCGCUUCCUCUUUAGUAGUUAUAGCGUGAAAUAAACAUGAAUGAACAUCAGAAGGUAUAUUGUUUCAGCCGCGAAAAGACGUCAAUACUCUGUUUUUCAAGUUCAAGUCCACCAACGUUAAUCUACUCUCCUGUCUGGUUUGUUUGUCGGACAAAAAUGGCAUUAUGAUCACCUGUCAAUCAAGCUCUGCGUGAUGGGUCAACUGUAUAACGUCAAGCUAAAAACACUCAAAACCCAUAGAAACACUAUAUCAACCAUAUAGCAACACUUUAAAAACCUUUCAUAAACAACAUAGCAACCCAACUCUAACACUAUAUAACACUCAGUGUUGGGGAGUAACUAGUUACAUGUAACGGGAUUACGUAAUUUAACCCUUUGAUGCACUACAUGGGUCUAAAGUGACCCAACUGAGUUUAUUUUUUCUAUAUCUUUGCAUAAAAUUCAUUUCAUCAUUCAGAAUUCCAGGAAUUUCUCAAUUAACUUGUUUUUGAUCAUCACAUAUUCUUAUUUUUGAAUAAAAAUCGUUUUUGUGUCACUACCCUUCUAAUGCACAACAUGGGUCUAAAAUGACCCGUAUUAAUUUCCUAUGUUAUUUCAGUCAUGGCUGAGUGAAUCUUUGCUGAAUAUUUAAAAGAAAUGCAUUUUAUCAUUUAUUUUUCCAGGUAUUCAUUAAAUAUCUUGUUUUUGAUUUCCACAAAUCAUUGUUUAUUUUUCCUUUCUUCACUUUAUAAAAAAACACAGUUUUUGUAUUUCUAUAUCAGUUUUACACACAUGGGUCAAAAAUGACCCAUAUAGAAACCUUUGAUUAUUUGCAAUUUUUUUGCAAGUAGGAACAUAUUUACUGCAGAAAACUAUUCACCUGCCCCACAUUUCACAACUCAACAUGGUAUCUUUCGUAUAAUUGAUGCAUUUAGUCUUAUUUUAUAAUUUAUUACCACAGAAAAUAUUUGAUAUACUGUGGAAGAUAACUGGACAUAAUAUUUGAAUGUUAGGCCAAGGUUACCUUGACCUUUAAAUGUCCAAUACUAUUAACUAGUUUGUUGUUAAUAUAUUCCAUUUUAGAUAACUAAUGUUAGCUAGGUCAACAAAAUAAGAGUCAAAAUAAUAUAAUACAUACAAGUAUAUAUCAUUGCUGUCAGGCAGAAACCUAGUAUCUCCAUAUUUCAUCAUUUUCAUUUUUUGUCAUAAAUCAGUGCUAUUGGUCACCUUUUAUGUCUGUCAGUGUUUCUGAAAAGUAGUGGUUUUGGACAUACACGGUUUCUGUCUGACAACGAACAUAUAAUCAGUGUAUACAUGGAUCAACUGCUUGUUGUGCAUUUGAACAUUUUUCUUUUGAUUUUCUUUAUCCAGAGUGUUAGUAUGGCUGAGCCCAGAUAUUCUAGAUUAACGGCUGAAAUAUUUAUAGAGAUGCUGCAUGAUGAGGAAGAUCAGACAAUUCUUAGUCCUGAUACAGAGUCUGAAAUAUCUGAUGCUUAUGACCUAGACUAUGUGCCACAGGGUCAAUCUGGAGUUGUGGGUGUAAAUCCAGCUCUCCUAGAUGAAGAAGACUCUGUGAUGACACUGAAGACUUGUCUGAUGAGUUCUCUGAAGAGGAAACUCAGACCCAGUCCAAUAGAUUGAGUAAAAAUGGUUUGCAUCUACUCAUGUAAGCAGAGAACAUGUGCUGGAUGUUACCACUCUGAAUGCCUACACCAGGAGCAGCCAAUGUUGGUCCUGGAGAGCCACAGUCCUGCAGACUUAAGCUGGCAGCACACUAGACGAUUUUCAAAUCUUAACAGAUUUUAAAACCAUGGGAGACCACAGACAUGAAGACAGUUCAACUGAUUUUUAGCCUUAUAAUCCUCUGAACGCACACACCAGACAAUUCAACCAGACCAGGAGACCACACACUUGAUGAUUGUAGGAACGAUUUCACAGUCACACGAGAUCUCACUGACACUCGCAAGAUCAAAUGUGACUAGAGAAGAAAAACAAAUAGAGGACAAUCAACAUUGUCAGCUGGUUCUGCUGGCGUGUAUUCUGUUUCACAGUGAAAAACAAAGUAUAGAAAAGAAUAUGGAUGAUAUUCUCUGCUUUCACGUCAUGUUUGUGGCUGCACACCGGUUAAGGCUAGAAGGGAUACGUAUGGCGCUACUGGGCAUACGCACAUCAACACAGCGUAAUUUUUGUCACACUGUACAACAAUAAUUACUAUUUUUUCAUUCUAACAAGCCGCGAAUUGGGCGGGGGUGCAAAUCGGCUUAAAAUCGGCCUUAAAAUCCUCUAGUCUGCAGCCAGCCUUAUAAGGCUAAAAAUCGGUUGAACUGUCUUCAUGUCUGUUGUCUCCCAUAGUUUAGAAUCGUUUAAGAUUUGAAAAUCGUAUAGUGUGCAGCCAGCUUAAAGCUCCAACCCUAAUCAAACACACCUGAACAAGCUAAUCAAGGUAUAAGGGUUACUGGGAAGCGAGGCAUGAAAUAACAAAUGAAAACGGGUCAUUUUAGACCCAUGUUGCGCAUUAGAAGGGGUUUUCAUAGCGUGUGCAUCAAAGGGUUAAUUACAAAAUAAAUGUAACUGUAAUCUAUUACAGUUACUUAAGAAAAUGUUAAUGAUUACAAAGGGGGUUACAUCUGAAUAUUUUCUGUAAAAAGUUAGGAUAAGUUGAAUAAUAUUAAUUUGUUGCUUUGCCUGUUUUUGAUGUGCACGAUGCCUCCUGCCAUUUAAAGGCCAUUUAAUAAAGUGAUGGUAUUCUGAGUUUAACCCUGCCUGCAUAAAAUGUUUGAAAAUGAUUAACAGUUAAAAACAUCCAUUAGAAAUUUAGAAAGGUAAUCAAAAAGAAAUCAAAUUUAAUCAGUAACAUUACUUUAAAAGUAAUCGAAAUAGUUACACCACUUAUUACAUUUUAAAUAAGGUAGCUUGUAAUCUGUAACCUAUUACAUUUGCAAAGUAACUUUCCCAACACUGAUAACAUUAACUAUAACACCCAAGCAACAACAUGAUGACAUCCUGAAAAGAAAUUACCCUAGAAAUUACAUAGCAACAGGAUAAAAUUCUCUCUAUCAACCUCGUAGCAACCAGCUAGAAAUUCUAUCAAACCACAUAUAACACUGCUGAAAGCUUUGAGAGCAACCUACGUAACAACUAACCUAGCAACCACCCUAGCAAAUACCCAUAAUGCACAACAUGCAAACACUCCAAAAAGAACACUCAGAACACCCUCUCAGUAGCACUUGGGUGCAUCAGAAUUGAAUCGAUAAUUAUGAAUUAUCUAAUUAAAUUCGUAUGAUAUUUAGGGUAUUUGCAUAAAAAAAUUUAUGGAACAAAACAAAUACAACUGAAAAUCCUCAAAUCAAAACCUAAAGUCCUGAACCUUUCUGCGCUGUCUCAUCUGGACUUGUUCCUAUCAAUCCCACCAAUCAUACGAUAUCUAACAGCAGGGAAUCUUAAGUAUAAAACUGCCUGGGAGGCUGAACAUCUGUCCGGUGCUGUUUGGAGAGAUUGCAUAAAGGCCCUCUGUUUCCAAAUGCGUAAACGUCUGCAAAGACGCAUCAGAAAACAUGUUUAUCCUUCUUUAUCUGAGCUUUUGGAGUGUGUUGGGGUCUCACAGUCAGACCUUGAGCUUAACAGCAGCAACAACAACAACAUCGCAAGCAUUUGUGACACCUGGAGAAGACAACGACCAAUGCACGACCUGUCAGUUUAGACAGCAGAGUAAACUCAUGCGCCUGCACUCCAUUAAGUCUCAGAUUUUGAGCAUCCUGCGUCUAGAACAAGCUCCGAAUAUCAGCAGAGACACGGUCAAGCUACUCUUACCCAAGGCACCUCCUCUGCAGGAGCUCCUGAAUCAGUACGACCAGAACGGAGGCAUUAGUGAGGAUGAGGAACAAGGCAGCAGUGAGACCAUCAUUACCAUGGCCACAGAACCUCAAGCCUUCACACAUCUUGAGGGAAUGCCGAAGUGUUGCAUGUUCUCACUGAGCCCAAAGAUUAUGCCUAACAGCAUCCUCAAGGCCCUGCUCUGGAUCUACCUCCGACCAGCUGAGGAGCCAACCACAGUCUUCAUCCAGAUAUCUCACCUAAAGUCUUUAUCUGAAGGGAGCAACCACUCAAGAAUACGAGCCCAAAAAAUUGAUGUGAAUGCCCGGACAAACUCCUGGCAGCACAUCAACAUGAAGCAGCUGUUGCAGUUGUGGCUCAAACAGCCUGAGAGUCACUUUGGGAUAGAAAUCAAGGCCUUUGAUGCAAAUGGGAAUGAUUUGGCUGUGACCUCCGCAGAAUCUGGAGAAGAAGGACUGCAACCCUUCCUGGAGGUGAAAAUAUCAGACACUGGCAAGCGGACCAGACGGGACACCGGCCUCGAUUGUGAUGAGCAUUCCACCGAGUCACGCUGCUGCCGGUAUCCACUCACCGUUGACUUCGAGGAAUUCGGUUGGGACUGGAUAAUUGCUCCCAAGCGCUACAAGGCCAAUUACUGCUCCGGUGAAUGUGUGCAGAAGUACCCCCACAGUCACAUCGUCAACAAGGCCAACCCUCGGGGCAGCGUAGGCCCCUGCUGCACACCCACCAAGAUGUCACCCAUAAACAUGCUGUAUUUCAAUGACCGUGAGCAGAUAAUCUACGGAAAAAUCCCUUCAAUGGUCGUGGACCUUUGUGGCUGCUCUUGAGCUUCUUGAGUAGCUACGACAGCAAGCCCUCACUGCUCUGGACCAGAGGGGAAGUGAAAAUAACCUUUACCUUGUCCCUGACAAAAUAGUUCCUGCUAAAACAACUGACCACACCAGGAUCCCAACAAACCAAUUUAUCCAAUUCUUUUAGUUCGUUCUCAUCGACUUUUGCACACAAGGACAAUAGUACCAAGGUGACAAGGCUUUCUAUGUUUAUGAAGGUAUAAGGCUUCCUCUGUGAAUGCAUUUGAGCAUAGAGAUGACCUGAUGGGCUUUACCAGCUUGAUAUCAGAAUGUAAAAAUUGCAAAAAGUACUUAUAAGUUUUAAAUUAAUGUCAAAGGGGGUUGUAUAGUUGAUUAUUUAUAUAAAGUCACUUAUCCCUCAGUGACCCAAAAACAGGAACACUGACCCAGAAACUCACUCAACAUGACGUCCAAACAAUAGACUUUAGGAAUUCUGCAGUUUCAAAGUAUAUGGGUAGUUGACAUAAUGUAGGGAUAAGAGAACUCUGUUAUUGCUGUAACUGGUCAUAAUUUUUACAUUUACAAAUAAUCUUUAAAUGCUUUUUAGACAUUGCUGGAACAUGUCAACUACCCAAAAGCCUGCAUCUUCUGUUUCUUUCCAAAAAACACUGAUUAAAUUGCCAAUUCACUAGUUAGCCUACAUAAUGUCAUAGGCACACACCUACACAUAGAUAAACAUAGAUAUGUUUUUUAAAAACAUGGAACUAAUUGUAUAGAUUCCACGGUUCAAAAUCAUGUUGUAGUUUUGAUCUGAUGUACCAAGUAAAAAUGCCUGUUAUUGA